AUGGGUCACUGCCCAUUUCUCAUCAUCAAUACUCACACACAUCUCCAUCUCCUCCUCCUCCUCCUCCUCUCCCUCCUCCUCUUGAGCUCCUCUCUAGCCAUUCACUCUCAUGAAGGUAGAUUACUACCUAAUCAUGAAGAAGCUCCAAAGGAGGAGAUGGUAAUGGCGUCGGCGGCGGCGAUGAUCAUCGGAUCGCGGCCGCCGCGGUGCGAGGGGAGGUGCAUCUCAUGUGGGCACUGUGAGGCAGUUCAAGUGCCCAUUGCCCCAAAGGAGAGGAGAUGGAGUAGUAGUAGUAGUAGUAGUAGUAGUAGUAUUAGUAGUGAUCCUAAUGCUCUCACCAAAGCAACCACAUCAAGGGGUGAUUAUGAUGAUACCUCAAAUUACAAGCCACUUAAUUGGAAGUGUAAGUGUGGGGAUCUGAUCCUUAAUCCUUGA